UAGUUAGUUCAAACGUCAAAGGUUGAACACAUUGUUGCUGUGCGCGGCACACUUGAUUUAAACAGUUAUGAAUGAAAAUUGACUUUUCUAAGCCAUUCCACAUACCCCAAUCACAUUUUCAAGUUACUACUUGUAGGAAAGUGUUAUAUAUUUGAAAUACCAUUUGUCUGAUUUGAGGACUGAUUCAGUGGGCCAUGGCUGGAAUUCUUUUUGAAGACAUCUUUGACGUGAAGGACAUUGACCCUGAUGGCAAGAAAUUUGACAGAGUCUCUCGUCUCCACUGUGAAAGUGAGUCCUUCAAGAUGGAUCUCAUUCUGGAUGUGAACAUUCAGAUCUACCCCGUUGAUCUUGGGGACAAAUUCAGAUUGGUUAUAGCCAGCACUUUAUAUGAGGAUGGGACACCCGAUGAUGGAGAGUACAAUCCACAGGAUGAUAGGCCGUCGAGGGCAGACCAGUUUGACUAUGUGAUGUAUGGCAAAGUUUACAAAAUUGAGGGUGAUGAAACCUCUACAGAAGCAGCGACACGACUCUCAGCCUAUGUGUCUUAUGGAGGACUCCUCAUGAGGUUGCAAGGAGAUGCCAACAAUCUGCAUGGGUUUGAAGUGGAUUCCAGAGUGUACCUUCUCAUGAAGAAACUUGCCUUCUAAACCGCACUAUGCCCCGUUGAGGUUCAGUUUUGUCUUUUGACAUCCUGAUGUCUCACUGGAACAAGGACCACACUCCAUAUGGAGAGCACGGAGUGGUGUUCAGCUUUACGGGAGAUUUGUUGGAAGACUUACAGGGCAUACCAUAUGUUUUUUUUUCAGUCUUGGUAAUUGUAGCUACUCCCGAAAAGAUGGACUUAGGACUGUGAAGCAAAUGAACCACAUUGUGUGCCACCUGCUGGUAAAUCAUGUAAAUAAAGAAAACUUUUUUAAUAAGAAUA